AUUUAAACAGGUAUCUUCAGAACUGUGUAUCAUAGUCAUUGUUACAGAUAAGUUUUCAGAGGUGGAGGAUGGAUUUGAAGAUUCGACUGGUCCUUUUUGCAUCUCACCUUUAUUUCAGCAUAGGCUUCCCUAUCCAGGUGAAGACUGAACAAAGCUAUGAAGAAGUUGCCUUCUCUGAGAGUGAAGAAGAAACCAUUUAUGGUUUAAUUUUAAAAUCCAAUAAAGGCAGCAAGACCCGUUUAUACGAAGGUGACAUUAGCCCAAAAAGACAUCGCAGUGCUAUGGUCUGUCCAUUUAACUGGUGCUUUUGGCCAAAAUCAUCUAACGGACUCGUCAUCAUCCCCUUUGUCAUCUCUUCUUCCUACAGUCCUGAGGAGAAAGCUCUGAUUAUUGAGGCCAUCCAAGAAUAUGAAACCUUGACUUGUAUUCACUUUGUAGACCGCACAACGGAAACUGACUAUAUACAUAUUUCUCCUAAGGAUGGCUGCUGGUCUUACUUUGGAAAGAUUGGGGGCUCCCAGAUGGUUUCAGUGCAUAAUGGGGGUUGCAUGAGAAAAGGAAUAAUUCAACAUGAAUUAAACCAUGCACUGGGGAUGCUGCAUGAACAGAACAGAAACGACAGGGACAAGUAUGUAGUGAUUGCAUGGCAGUACAUUAGUCCAGGUGAUUUUUAUCACUUUAAGCCAACCAGAGCUAAUAACCUGGGCCUUGAGUAUGACUAUUCUUCCGUGAUGCACUACCACAGAUUUGCUUUCUCCAAUACAUCUGGCAAGGCGACCAUUAUACCAUUCCCUGAUAGCAGAGUGCGUAUUGGACAGAGGCAUGGACUGAGUAACCUAGAUGUGGCCAAAAUCAAUAAGUUAUAUGAAUGUGAGGUCCAUAGCACUUUGCUCUCUAAUUUGACUGGAAGUUUUUCCUCUACCAUCUACCAAUCACCAUACCCAAAUAAUACCAACUCUGUAUGGCUGAUUCGUCUCCCAGCACAUAAAAUUUUCCUGCAGUUUAAUUCCUUAUAUAUCCAGUCCUCCUCAGACUGUGCUUCCAAUCAUAUUCUUGUUUAUGAUGGAGGCAGUAGGAGUGACCCUGUCUUCCUGAACAAAUUGUGUCGACCAAAGCAGCUCCCCUCAGUAGUGUCUUCUGGGAACAUGAUGCUUGUGGAGUUGGUCAGUGAUGGCACCUCUAUGCCCAUAUUUAAGGCUUCUUAUAGUUCUGUGCAAUGUGGCAAGACUUUUACUGCUGUGAAUGGGAAAUUUGAGUCUCCACUGUAUCCUUCUCAUUAUCCUCCACGAACAGACUGUGCCUGGAUAAUGAUAGCACCGGAAGGAUUUAUGGUCUCACUGAAAAUAUUGUCCUUCCAUCUGGAGGAUUCUUAUCAAUGCCAACAUGACUACCUGGUUAUUUAUGAUGGGGGCACAAGCACAGCCCGUUCUGAGAGUAAAUACUGUGCAAAUGGCCUAGUUCCAGCCUUCAUCUCCUCUGGGAACGUAGUCCUCGUCAAAUUCCACAGUGACUACUUCCUGGAGUAUCCUGGAUUCCAGGCUGAAUACUCAUUCAUUUCAUCUUGAGAGGUGCCGGAAAAGCCUACUGCGACCCAUACAUCCUGAUGAUGUAGGCAGAUGUCUGAGAAGUGGUUUCAUUUGAAAGUGUAAUCUGCCAUUUAUAUAUUUGUGGGUUGUAGUAUUUGUAUGUGGAGAAUGUGUGUGAAUGCCCAUUUCUGUAAUAUGCAUUUGUAAUAGAGUAUGGGGAUCUACAGUGUGUCAAGUUUUCUUUCAACUUUUCUUUCUAGCCAGCUCCAACUAACACAGCCCAAUGAACAUCCAGCUAGUGCAGACAAGAGUGACUCAUUUACUGAACAGGGUAUUGCUGGGAUUCCAUGAACGCAGUGCUCCAGGUUUUGCACUGACUGCCCAUCAGUCUCUGGGUAAAGUUUAAGGUAUUGAUUAUGUCUUAUAAAG